AUGGAAGCCUCAAAAACAAACCACGGCAAGGAUUCUCGAGACCGCGAUUAGCGCGGAUGAGACAUUCUUUGUCUCGAUUCCGCGCUUAUCGACGGGCAGCGUAUCAGUCGGACGGGCCCUAUCGGCAGCCUCGGGACAAUAGUCGCGAAGGGACAACGGUCGGAAGGGCCCGACUAGUGCCAGGCGGUCGCGGUUGGCGUGCGAGUCCCAGCGAGCGUGAUUUGGCGGCAACCACCGGCAAGCGCACCGGCGGCCACGUCCUCCCUCUGGCUAUGGCCGCUCUCUGACACAUCGGUGCCGGGACGCAUCAAGUCGUCCGGACGCACCCGUCCUAGCUGGGAGCCAACAUGGGAUCCAAGACGUGCGUGGCGGCAGCACACGCCGACACCGAGGACGCCAAAGAGCUGAAGGCGGCGUUCCUGCUCCUCGACAAGAACCAGGACGGCCGGGUGAAUGCGGCAGAGAUCAAGCACAUGCUGGACGAUCUCGGCAUCCUGCUCACGGACGCCAUGAUCGAGAAUCUGGUCGUACAGGCGUCCGGCAGAGCUGACGGCCUGAUCAGCGAGGCCGAGUUCCUGACGUGGAUGUCGUGCCAGACGGGCAUCAAGGACGACGUGAUGGAGGACCUGCUGGCCGCCUUCAGGGUAUUCGACAAGGACUGCAACGGCUACAUCAGCAAGGACGAGCUCAAGCUGGCCAUGGAGAUGAUCGGAGAGCCCAUGUCGGAAGCCCAGCUGGACAGCAUGAUACGAGCCAGCGACAUAGACCAAGAUGGAAGGAUAAACUAUGAAGAAUUCGUGAGUGUCCUCCUCUAGCAGGCGGGGAGGGUCCCAGGUGCCACAUCUAGAUGACCGCUCCAGUCGGGGCAACAUGCGAUCUCAGCAGCGCGCGAAAGAAGCGAGCGAAAUAAAAAUACGCUUAAAGCCUCA